AUGCUAAUGGCUUCAAUUAGUGCAUCGAUUCGCGGCCUAACUUCUUUGUUAUAUGCACUCCCACUCGGUGGGUCCCAUCGCGCUGGCCCCACCAAUUCUAGAAGAAUAAGCAAAUCUUGCCCAGUUUUUUUCUUAUGUGAAGGUUUUUUUUUGAAUGUGGAGGUGGUAGACAAGCAAAAGACCUGGGCGACAAAGGAAGUGAAAUUAUCUUUCUACCUAGAGCGGCUUCCGAAGAAGUUCGUGAUGUUUCUCAUUGCAAAAAUCGUUCGUGGUCGUCGGCUUUUACACGAACUUGAGAAGCAGGAGAAAGAUGAGCAUUUGGCAGCUGAUGCAGCAGCGGCUGCACAAUCCAGUUCACAGGCGCGAAAAGAAUCAAGUGCAAACGGAGAAGAUCGUGCUGGAGAUUCUUCCCAGUUCAGACCGAAAAGAAGGUAUUUUUGCAGUUUUACGUCAUUUCAGCAUCUCUAA